AUGGAAUUAUUGAAUAGACCUAACGUUCUUGCGACGCCAUUGUCUGGUGAUUUUGAAACAAAUAAUAGUGUCACUAACCAACCAUCUACCACAGAUAAUUUGAAAAAUGAAACUGCAGAAAGUACUGAAGUGUAUCAACCUAAUAACUAUGAGCGAAGUGAUGCAAUCAGUAACAGAGCUAAUACUGUAAUAAAUUCUGCAAGUGACAUGGAAGAUCUAGGGACGGUUAAAGUUUGCACACCCGCAUCCUCUUUUAUGGUCAAUACAGAUCAAAUUGGCGGGUCCAUAAUUAAAGAGAGUGUCGAUGACUCAAGCAAUAAUACUAGUUCACAAAAUAACCAGAUUGGCCAAGAUGCCAUAGCUGAUGAUACUUUACCACCAUCUCCAGUGGCCUCCCCGGUCAUAAUAUUUCCUGUAGAAAGUAGUGAUGAGGAAAAUAAAAUAGUUGCAUUGACAAAAGAUAAAAACACUAGCCCUCUGAUAGAUUUUGGUACCACAACAGUUGAAUCUCUUCAAAAUUUGACGGACGAAUUGUUGCACACUCUACAGACAGACUUUCAAUCAAAACAAUGCUACAAAAACAUAUUAUUUAAUUUAAUUGCGCAGAUGAAUAGAAGUGAUCUUUCAGACUUAGGUACAUUACUAAAGGAUAACUUAAAGAGAGACUUUAUAACGACUUUACCAAUCGAAAUAACAUUAAAAGUUUUGAGGAAUUUGGAUUUUCAAGAUAUACAAAAUUGUUCUUUAGUAACGAAGUCAUGGAAUUCAUUGCUUACAUCUACUGCAUAUAUUUGGAAGAUGUUGCUUAUCAAAGAAAAUUUCAUUAGCAGACAAUCAUUUUCUAAGUAUUUCAAAACACUUUCUUUAAAAUAUCCAGAAAUUGGGACAGAUUAUGAGAAAGGCUAUAGAUUAGAUUUUCUAAGAAAUUAUAAAUUCCUAAAAAACUGGUAUAACGUUAAUUUUACUCCUGAAGUUACCUCAUUACCUGGUCACUUGACGAGUGUUAUAACUUGUCUUCAGUUUGAAGAUAAUCGUAUUAUCACUGGUGCCGAUGAUAAAAUGAUAAGAAUAUAUGAUGCUGUCACUAAGAAGUUUGUGAAUGAGUUAAGAGGUCAUAAUGGGGGGGUGUGGGCAUUGAAAUACGAUGAAAAUGGAAUAUUAGUAAGUGGAUCUACAGACAGAUCUGUUAGAAUAUGGGAUAUUGAUUUAGGUGUGUGUACACAUGUGUUUAAAGGCCACACUUCCACCGUAAGGUGUUUACAUAUUGUUAAAUAUAAGAAUAUCAAAUAUGUUGUGACAGGGUCAAGGGAUAAUACAUUACAUGUUUGGAAAUUACCUAAUAAGUGUAAUACAGAAGACAAAGACAAAUACCCGAUAGUAUACGAUUCUACAGAAGAAAAUCCAUAUUUUGUUGGUAUCCUGAGAGGUCACUUAGCUUCUGUACGUACAGUAUCUGGAUACGGUAAUAUUAUUAUUAGUGGGUCAUAUGAUAAUACAUUGAUGGUAUGGGAUAUAAUAAAAAUGAAAUGUUUGUACAUUUUGACGGGCCAUAUUAAUCGUAUAUAUUCUACUAUUUAUGACCAUAAGAGGAACAGAUGUAUUUCAGCAAGUAUGGAUUCAACAAUUAGAGUCUGGGAUUUAGCAAAUAUUCAAAAUAAUGGAACAUGUACAGAAGUGAUGAACUCCAUGGUCAGUUGUGUCAAUGUUACUGGAUCUAUGUACACAUUACAAGGACACACUGCUUUAGUGGGAUUACUAAAACUGUCUGAUAAAUUUUUAGUUAGUGCAGCAGCUGAUGGAUCUUUACGAGGUUGGGAUGCUAACACUUAUUCAAGGAAAUUCACUUAUCAUCAUAACAAUCUAAGUGCAAUCACGACGUUUGAUAUGAACGAUAACCUUUUAGUUAGUGGUUCUGAAGGUCAAUUCAAUGUAUACAAUUUGCGUACUGGUAAAUUAAUCCAUUCAAAUAUCUUACGAGCUGACCAUAUUUGGUCAGUACAAUUUAAAGAGAAUAUAUUGGUUGUGGCUAUUGAAUUUGAUAGAAAGAGUUAUGUUGAAAUUUUAGAUUUCAAUAUUCCAUGCUCUUCUACAGCAACAACAACAGCAACAACAACAGCAACAUUAACAUCAUCUACAUCGUCAUCAAUCACUUCAUCAUCUUACUCCACCUCAGCAACUGCCUCCACUAAUCACCAGUAG